CUGUGAUAUAAUUCCCGCCAUCAGCAUCUUAUUGGUCGAAGGCUAUCACUGUCGUACCUCGAUAGAACUCUAAGCUCCGAACGAGGGAGCACACGAUCUUUCUAUCGCCUAUAUAUUAAAUGGCUGCAAGCUCAACUUCUUGGAAACUCAUCAUCCUCUCAUUUCCCUCCCUCUCCGUCACUCCUUUGACUGAAAAAAAAUGAAGGCCAUCGUUGCUUCCAUCAUCGCUGCCAUUGCAUUGGUCCCUGCCACUCUUGCUGUCAAGGUCAACCCCCUUCCCAUCCCUCAACACAUUCAGUGGGGUAACUCUGGCUCCAUUGAGCUCGAUGCUCAUCUUUCCUUCCAUGCUCCCAAGAACUCUGUCCUUGAGGAUGCUAUCAAGCGUACCACCAAGUUAAUUUGGAAGGAGAAGUGGGUUCCUCAAGCUAUUGAGAAGGCUCCCGUCGACUAUCCCCCUUUCCCCACCCUCUCCAAGCGUGGUGCUAAGCACACCUUGAAGAAGAUCGAUGUUGUUGUCACUGACCUCAAGGCUGAUCUUCAAGCUGGUGUUGAUGAGUCCUAUACCCUUGAAAUCCCUGCCGCUGGUGGUACUGGUGUUAUUACCGCUAAGACUGUUUGGGGUGCUUUGCAUGCUUUGUCUACCCUUGAGCAAAUUGUCAUCUCCGAUGGCAAGAGCGGUCUUCUCAUUGAGGAAUCCGUCUCCAUCAAGGAUUCUCCCAAGUUCCAGCUUAGAGGUGUUAUGUUGGAUACUGGUCGUAACUUCUUGAAGGUUGAAACCAUCUUGCGCCAAAUCGAUGCCCUUGCCUGGUCCAAGCUUAACGUCCUUCACUGGCACAUCGAUGAUGCUCAAUCAUGGCCCAUUCAGAUCAACGCUGAACCUAAGAUGACCAAGGAUGCUUACUCCUCCAAGGAAAUCUACAGCCACUCUGAUGUUAAGAAGAUCAUCAACUAUGCUAGAGCCCGUGGUGUCCGUGUCAUUCCUGAAAUCGACAUGCCCGGUCACUCCGUCUCCGGAUGGCAACAAAUUGACCCCAAGAUUGUCGCUUGCGCUAACUCUUGGUGGUCAAACGACAACUGGCCCGCUCACACCGCCGUUGAGCCCAACCCAGGUCAGCUUGAUAUCAUCUACCCUGGAACCUACAAGGCUAUCAAGACUGUCUACAAGGAGUUGACCAGCCUCUUCACUGAUAACUACUUCCACGUUGGUUUCGAUGAACUUCAGACCCAGUGCUACAACUUCUCCACUCCUACCAUGGAUUGGUUCAAGGCUGAUCCCAAGCGUACUUACAAUGACUUGGCUCAACACUAUGUUGACAAUGCUCUUCCUAUCUUCCAGGAUAAGAAGGACCGUAGACUUAUCAUGUGGGAAGAUUCUAUCCUUUCUGCUGAUUUCGCUGCCAAGUCCAUUCCCAAGAGUGUCAUUAUGCAAACCUGGAACAAUGGUCCCAACAACACCAAGAUCUUGACCUCCAAGGGUUACGAUGUUAUCGUUUCCUCCUCCGAUUUCUUCUACUUGGAUUGUGGUUUCGGUGGUUGGGUCUCUAACGAUCCCCGUUACAACGUUGACUACUCUCCUGCUUUGGAUGCCAGCAUCUCUGCUGCCUUCGCUGCUGAUCCUUCCACUGCUUACGGUCCUACUACCUUCAACUAUGGUGGUAAUGGUGGUUCUUGGUGCGCUCCCUACAAGACCUGGCAACGCAUUUACGAUUAUGAUAUCACUGUUGGUCUCACUGCUGCUGAAGCCAAGCACGUCCUUGGUGGUAUCACUCCUCUCUGGGCUGAACAAAACGAUGACACCACUGUUGACAGCAAGAUGUGGCCCCGUGCUGCUGCUCUUGCCGAGUCUCUCUGGUCUGGUAACCGUGAUGCCAAUGGCAAGAAGCGUGUCACUCAAAUGACCCAACGUAUCCUCAACUACCGUGAGCGUCUCGUUGGCCGUGGCGUUGGUGCUUCUCCCCUUAUGCCCAAGUACUGCUGGAAGAACCCCCACGCUUGCGAUCUCUACCUUGACCAAUCCGCUGUCACUGCCUAAGCUAGUAAUGGACUUGACGUCUUAAUUCUACUACAGAGAUUGCAAAACAAUUUAAUUUACCUUAAGAAACUUCAGCAAUAAAACGCUGAGAACCCAAUAAUCAUUCAGUAACAUACCAAG